AUGCUAGAAGUUGACGUGGAAGACCAUGAGGACUUGUUCAGCAUUCUGAAAAAUGUUGAGAAGAAAGACGUGCCUGAUGACAUGCUCCUGUUUUGGGAGGAACAAAAAAAGAUUUUGGAAACACCAAACAACAGACGUUACAGAUGGCAUCCUAAGUAAGUAGCUAAGUAAUCAGAUGCACUAUCACUGGUCAUUUUUAGAAUAUCUGAUCAUGAUCCUUCAUUUUCUCACCAUGGGGGUCCAAAUUGUGAUUGGUUGCUUCCGAGGGCUUACACAUUAGAUGAUCAUCAGCAUCCAGGUGACUUUUAAAAUAUGGAAAUGACCUCUUCCCUUGCAAAUUAAUUGCAGGGUUAGAAAAAGAUUCUGGUCACCUGGUUCCCUGUAUAAACAUGGACAUGCAUAGGAACAGAGGAUAAAUUAAUUUCACAUUGCUAUUCUGAAAUAAAUAACUACAUGAAAUAAGUAGUUUCUUUAAGAUGCAUUGCAACAUUUUCCUUUUUUUAUUUUUAGAAUCAUGAAACUUUGUAUUGAACUCUAUGUCAAAAAUCCGCAUGUGCUUGACACACUUCGUGAGGUUAUCUACCUGCCAAGUAAUCGGGCAAUAAGGUUAGUAAAAAGAAAGUGUGCAAUAACAACUUCAAUAGAGGACACAUAUUGCUUGCAACCCAGUGACAAUUAUGUUGAUUUUUAUAUUUUAUUUAAUCUUUAAGAUAUCAAAAGAAUAAGGGAGGACAACAGCCUGGCUGGAAUGCCAACAUGCUUAAGUUAUGCAUGGAAGAAGCAGAAAAGAAUAACCUCAAGCCAGAGGAUUACUGGGGAGGGUUUGUCCUUGAUGAGAUGACAAUCCAGGUAAGAGAUACAUUGUUAUUUUUAAAAAAGGAAGUCAACAAUGUACCAGAAAUAACAUGUGAUAUUAAUAUAUUUGAACUGAAUUUUUGCCAGGAGGACAUAGAGCUGGUCAUCAAAGACGGCAAACACCACUUGAGCGGUUUUGUUGAUCUGGGAAAGAUCCACUCUGACAUGGAAGCAUUGUCAGGUGAACAAUUUUCAAUAAUGCAGGUUACAAUAAAAUCAUCAGUUUCUGAAGUCAAUUCAAAAGUACAUAGUUGUCCAAAAAGUCAUCUACAUGUUUUAGAAAGUAACAGAAAAAGUUAUUCUUUAAAAAAAAAAAAUUCUUCUUGCCAAUCAGUAAUGAGGGACUGUCCUAUUUUGACUGCAUCAUUUUCUUCAGCCAAAUACUAGGGAAAAUAAAGAAAAUGGUAGACAUAUACAUGUACAUUAAAAUGAAAUAAUUAUCAUCAAGUGAAAUGACAUGCUUUCAUUUAAUGAAUUGUAGGAAAGGCAGAUGAACCUAAGAUGGCAACACAUGUCCUGCAAUUUUACUUCCUGGGAGAUAGUGGGUUCAGGUUUCCGAUCGCACAGUUUCCAUCUGGUGGCUGUACUGCUAGUACACUGUAUUUUAUUUUCUGGGAAGGAGUCAAAAGAUGCUUGAAA